AUGCCCCCCCUGCGGGCACGGGGCCAGGGCGGCCGCGGCGGCGGGGGCGGCCUCCUCUGGAGGGUGUGCCGGCUGCUCCUGCUGACGGCGGUGCCCCUCGCGGGGGCGGCGGGCCUGCUGCAGGCCGACCCGCUGUGCCUGCUGGCCGUGGUCGUCGCGUCCAGCGUGGCCAUGCUCCUCGAGCUCACCGGGCUGCUGAGGGCGGUCGGCGUGCCCUUCCCCUGCGUGCUCGGGCUGCUCUACUUGCUGCAGCUCUGGGUGCUGCCGCCCAGUCGGCUCGCCACCGCGAGGUCGGCCCGCCCUGGCCGUGGCCGCACGAGCCCACCGUCGCCCGCGCUCCGCGGCUGGCUCUGA